UCUGGUUUGUUUUGCUCGCCUACUACUUGAAUGGUGCUCGGUGUGUUCUCCUCGGUAUCCCCGCCCUGCUGUCAGGAGUGGAGGCGGAAGGAGGGGUAAAGUGCACGGGCGGCAGCACCUCAGUCACCUCCAGCGCUCACGUCCCCUGGUAACAAGCGACAGUGACGCCGCUUAUUCCCUCCCGGGAAGAGUGUCCCGAGCACCAUAGAGGGGAGGCUGCAGCUCUCGAGCGUCUCCAGUGGCAUGCUUCCGGGUGCAGCGCGGUCCGCCUUGUCAGCCUGCAGAUCCAUCUGAGCUCUUCUAUCCGCUUACCUGCACCUCAUCCGUGCGAGACAUGUCCGAGCUCCGGAAAAGAGGGGCCGCUGGAGAGGCCGAGCGCGACCACAGUGACCGGGAACCGGUGGAGGACAAGUAUGCCGAGGCAGAUGCUGACUCAGCAUUUGAAGGUGAUGUUGUAGAUGCCCCGCCCCCUACAGAUGGCACCCCACAGCUGCUGAACAAUGCUCUAUCUGGCAUGUCAUCCAGAUGGAAAAACUGGUGGAUUCGGGGUAUUUUCAGCUUAACAAUGAUUACAUCGUUUUUUUUCCUCAUCUACUUGGGUCCUGCCAUGCUGAUACUUUUGGUAUCUGCGAUCCAAGUGAAAUGCUUCCAUGAAAUAAUAUCUAUCGGCCACCGAUUCUACAAGUCUUAUGAGCUACCUUGGUUUAGAAGUCUUAGUUGGUACUUCCUUCUGUGUGUUAACUACUUUUUCUAUGGGGAGACUCUGGCAGACUAUUUUGCUACUUUUAUACAAAGGGAAGAAUUUCUCCAAUUCCUCAUCCGCUAUCAUCGUUUUAUAUCAUUUGCACUUUAUGUCAUAGGUUUCUGCAUGUUUGUCUUGAGCCUAGUGAAGAAGCACUACCGUCUCCAGUUUUACAUGUUUGGAUGGACUCAUGUCACUUUGCUGAUUACUGUCACACAGUCUCAUCUUAUCAUCCAAAAUCUUUUUGAAGGGAUUAUCUGGUUUCUAGUUCCAGUUUCCAUUGUCAUUUGUAAUGACAUCAUGGCUUAUCUUUUCGGGUUCUUCUUUGGUAGGACCCCGUUAAUAAAGCUGUCGCCCAAAAAAACAUGGGAAGGAUUCAUUGGUGGAUUCUUUUUGACUAUAAUAUUUGGAUUUAUGUUUUCGUACAUUUUAGCUCAGUUCCAUUUCUUUGUGUGUCCUGUGGAGUAUAACGGUGAAACCAACAACUUCUCGGCCACCUGUAAACCAUCCGAGCUGUUCAGACUCCAUGAUUACACAGUUCCCCCAUUUCUGCACUCACUGUUGGGAUGGACAACAGUCCGUCUGUACCCAUUUCAGAUACACAGCAUCGCCCUAUCAACUUUUGGUUCACUGAUUGGGCCAUUUGGAGGCUUCUUUGCUAGUGGCUUCAAGCGAGCCUUUAAAAUUAAGGAUUUCGCUGACACUAUUCCUGGGCAUGGCGGGAUUAUGGACAGAUUUGACUGUCAGUAUUUGAUGGCCACCUUUGUCCAUGUGUAUAUUGCCAGCUUCAUAAGAGGUCCAAAUCCCAGCAAAGUCCUGCAACAACUAUUAACUCUGCAGCCAGAACAACAACUAAACAUCUACAAAGUAUUGAAGACCCACUUGAUGGAGAAAGGGGUCCUCUAAGGAGCAACGCUGACCUGACCUGUAACCUGUGUUCAAAGACUAUUUCUAUGGCGCCGGAGCUAUUGCACUGACCCCAGAGCAUUCAGCCAAAGCCGGUCAGUUUUCCCUUGCUAGUUCCCUGUAGAAAAGGCACAAGGCUUCCUUCCUCAUGCACACUGAAGCAUUGAAGCUCUGAAUGUCCUUUAUGGAUACUGUGAUCCAAUAGCUCUUAUUUCCAUGUGCGUAUACUAAAGAAGGGGGCAGUUUUCCUUUAGUGAUGACUAUGCACAGUUUCUCGCAGGAAGGGACUGACUUACGGUUUGCUGUUCCCCUUGUGUACCUCCUCCUGCUGAAUAGAUGGAAUCCUGACUCCACUCUCUUCAUAUUGCUUUUAUGGGAUAGAUUUUAUGUUUUGCAAUGUUUAAAUGAGCGUCAACAUUUUUUUUAAUAGAUUGUAUUCUUUUUAAGUUUUGUCCUUGGAGACAAUGUAAUGCAUUUAUGGUAUUUAUUGACUGUACCUGUGACACAUUGAAGUCAUACAGUGCUACCACAUAAUGCUGAUUUAGAGCAGCUUUACAUGAGUAGAAGGUUAUGAUGGCCUGCGAUGCCUUCUUCUCAUCCUUAUCAAAAGGGAAAUGGUUUUACAUAAAAAAACAAAACUCCUAGGCAUGGCAUAGUCAUGGAAGGAGGGGAACUUGUUCAUGACAACCUAUGUACUGAAAUAGUACAGGAUUAUGCUGAAAACUGUGAACUCUUUCAGUUCUGUCCAAGUAGAUUAGUGAAUAAUGUCCUCAGAAUGCGGAUAUCUGUUUCUACACCCCAUCUUGUACCCCAGCCAGAGUUCCUGGGGCUUUAGUAUAGGACACAUCCCUUGGAUCUGAGGAGUCUGUCCUGUUCAUGCCUCAUGUGGUUCCUUUUUGCAUAUACAGCCUUUGUGUGCACUAAAUCCUUCUUCCUGAAUGGAAGUUUACUGCAGUCAUGCCGCCGCUGCACUACAGUAAUACACGUAUAGAUCAUACGAGUGUAUUACAGUAGUGCAGCGGCGGCAUGAAGCGCACGGCGUCAUAGCAACCAAUGACAGCUGUUAGCAGGAAUCCAGGUCGGCAUACCACGGACGUGUGCAUUCGGCCUAAUACUGAGAGCCUGUGAGUAGAAUAUCAUGUUUAGAGGGAAAUACUGAUCAUUACUGGGAAGGGUAUGUAACCACAAGGGCUGACUAUGAAGAAGAGAGAAGUCUAAGUAUCUUAAGUUUCCUGACGUCCUGAUCCAUCACAGCUAGGCAUUAUUUUGUUUUAAACACUGUGCAAAAUUGCUUGAAGGGGUAUUCCCACCUCAGACAUUGAUGGCAUAUCGCUAGGAUAUUUCAUCAAUGUCGAAUAGGUGCACGUCUCACCUCUGGGACCUACUCCUACCUCUAGAAUGCGGCCCAGAGAGCACACCAUUUAGCUAUUUUCAGAAGUCCCAUAACGGCGAAUGGAGAACGCACUGCGCAUGCACGGCCACCUCUCCAUACACCGAUGGGAAUGCCGGAAAUAGACGCUCCAGCGCUCAGCUAUAUUCAGUGUGCUCUCCUUCACUUUAGAGGGCACGAUCUCUUAUGAGACUUUCAGCGGGGACCAUCAGUCCGUGCCUAAGAAAAUCACUGUAUUUCUGUGAGAAAAAGGAAGCUAUCCGGACAUGUCAAGUGUUCAUAUGGUUUGUCUGAAAGACCCCUCCAUUAUAUAUGAUAUAAUGUGAACCUAGCACUCCCCUUAGGACCCUUUUAUUUAGACAUGUCACACCACAAUUGACUCUAGUCAGCACUUUUAUUAAUUAAACUGGUAUUUCUUCACUGGUGAUUCUGUACAUACUGGGGCAGAUUUACUAAUAGUGUCUUACUUUGCACUGUGUAAGAAUAUGAAUCAUAUACUUAAUGUUAGACAAAUGUACUAGUUGUGGUGCGUGGACCUUUGUAAAUUUGGAGUGUCGUAAAUCCUGCACCAGAUUUAUGCUUGAAUUUUGUCCGUGCGCCAAAAAACUGUCUAAGUUAUUGCCACAUAUAAGUUGGCGUAGUUUUACUCCAAAAAUGCACCAACAUUUUGGCGCACGGGGCCACAUUUAGGCUAUGCCCCCUUGUUAGACGAGGUGAAAAAGGUUACAAUAGUGUGUAAAACGGUUAGUAAAUAUGAUGCAAAGCAUGCACCAAGUUUUUUGGCACAAACGGGCGCAGAGAAUCUGCCCCUCUGUUGGUAUAAUCUCCAAGAAUGAACUUGCAUUUUAAGUUGAAAGACCAUUUCCCAUGGAGAAUGUCUAUGGUACUUAUAGAUAUGUGUCAUAAAGUUCAGAUGGGUUGAGUCCUAGAAAGGGGAUGCCUUCCUCCAGCCACAUCAAGUGGGAGAGUGCCCUCACUCGGCUGUUUCUGUAUCUGUCAUAUACUUCAUUAACAUUGGCAAUUUAGGAGGAAGACCUAAAAGGAUACCUUAAAUCUGUAUACAUAUACCGUAUAUCAUGUGGUCUUAUGGUCCACAGCAAAGUCCAUGUCUAGAAGUAGCAGAACAGAAGGAUGUCCGCAUUAGUAAAUCGCCCUUUGUAGAUGUGGUUAUGUAACAAUAUCACUUUCAUUGUGGUUCCUAAAGGAGAUUACACUUCUAGUAGUAUUGAAUUGCUAGUUAGGAUUGUACUUCAAUAAUAGAAGAUCCAAAAACUCAUUAAAGCAUCUCUAUAUUAGCAAUGAAAUGGGUAGAAUAUAUUCUGCUUCUUGCUGGCACAAUGUCCAAUAUUUCUGAACCAUCCAGUACUGUGAUGUACAACAUGUUUCUUCAUAAUCUGUUAUGUCGGGCACACCUCUUGUUACAUUACGUUCCAAACCUGUUCUAUCCUAUGACGGUUUAUUGUCUGCAGAUUUUACAUUUACGUUUUAACUAAAAGAAUAGAUGCUUUUUCAUUAUGGGGAAAGACAUUAGAAAGCAAGUUCUAGUUCAUGCCCUGAAAGAUAAGCAGAUAACUGCAGUCUAUCCAUACACUGUAGCCCAUUCUUCGGGUCUACAUCUUCAUGCUUCCAUAAGCAUAUACUGUCAUGAAGUAAAUGCCAGAUGUUAAUAAAAGCCACAUUUCCAAGGCAUCUAAGAACUUUGUUUUUUGCCAACUUAUUUUUUGCCCUUUUUCAAAUUGGUAUAUAUUUAUUGGUGCCUUGGAAGUUUGGCUUUUCAUGACAUAUGUUGGGAUAUUGGUAGAAUACUACUCCACGUUGCACAGAUUGGAGUUUGGUGUUGGAGACUCCAUAGACUACAGUAGGGUAGAGGGCAUCUGUCAGCAGAUUUGUACCUAUGAGACUGGCUGCCCUGUUCCAUGUGUACUUGGCAGCUGAAGGCAUC